AUGGACACGCCGUCGUCGACGUGGGAGGAAGGCUCGCAGUCCGACUACGCCGACCUCGACGACGACAAUGGCAUGGAGCUGCAGCGGAUCCGGGUGGGACUCCCUCGACACCGCCGCGAGGAAGACGACGACGACGCCUCCGACGUGUCCUCCGAGUGCAGCGGCGAGCCGGGGAGCCCCUACGGGUCGCCGUACCCGCGGUGGCCGGUCUGCAAGCUAGCGCCGCGGAUGCCGCAACCGCCGCUGCUGCAGAGGCUCGGCACGGCGCCAAGGCUCGCUGGCGGCAUGGGCGACCGGAAAGCCGGUUACAGCGAGCUGCAGCUGAUGAGGGAGAGGUUCUCCAAGCUCCUACUCGGGGAGGACAUGUCCGGCGGCGGCAAGGGGGUCUCCAGCGCCGCUGCCAUCUCCAAUGCGAUCACCAACCUCUACGCGACCGUCUUCGGGAGCUGCCACAGGCUGGAGCCCCUGCCGGCGGAGAAGAGGUCCAUGUGGCGGCGGGAGAUGGACUGCCUGCUGUCGGUGUGCGACUACAUCGUCGAGUUCUUCCCGUCCAAGGAGAUCCUGCCCGACGGCACCGCCCGCGAGGUGAUGGCCACCAGGCCGAGAUCCGACAUCUACGUCAACCUCCCCGCCCUCGAGAAGCUAGACGACAUGCUGCUCGAGAUCCUGGACGGGUUCCAGAAGACUGAAUUCUGGUACCUCAACGACAAGGCGCACAAGGACAGCAGCGACGACUCGGCGCCGUGCCGUCCGGCGAGCCACCGCGGCGAGGAGAGGUGGUGGCUGCCCGUGCCCUGCGUCACCAAGCUCGGCCUCACGGAGUCGGCCCGGAGGGACCUGCGGAAGAAGCACGACUGCGCCAACCAGAUCCACAAGGCCGCCAUGGCCAUCAACAAUGGCAUUCUCGCCGAGAUCAAGAUUCCCGAGUCGUACACGCAGACACUUCCCAAGUGCGGACGGGCAAGCGUGGGCGACGCGAUCUACCGGCACAUGUCGUUCCCGGGCAAGUUCUCGCCGGAGUACCUGCUGGACUGCCUGGAGCUGUCGUCCGAGCACGAGGCCCUGGAGACGGCGGACCGCGUCGAGGCGGCCAUGCACGUGUGGCGGCGCAAGGCCAACCACGGCCACUCCAAGUCCCCAUGGAGCGCCGUCAAGGACCUGAUGGAGUCGGACAAGAACGUGAUGCUGGCGAGCAGGGCCGAGGACGUCCUGCUCUGCCUCAAGCAGCGCUUCCCCGGCCUCUCCCAGACCACCCUGGACGCGAGCAAGAUACAGUACAACAAGGAUGUUGGGCAAGCCAUCCUGGAGAGCUACUCUAGGGUGCUGGAGAGCCUGGCGUACACCAUAGUUACAUGUAUAGACGAUGUUCUUUUCGCCGACGAGUCUGCGAACAAGAUCUGAUGAUCAUUUGUUCAUCCUCCCUGGACCAGAAUCCAAAAUAAGGGUCCAUACGUCCAUCCAACAAUCUGUACAUUAUGCCAUAACAUGUAGUAGUACUAAUGGAAGAUAGCAUGAACACAUCCUAGCUAGCUAGCCAUGUUUGGGGCUGCAUUCAGUCAUUCCCAUGGUCCCUCGGCCACAUUGCAUUCUCUGUCAUGAGUACAGUAUCGUUGUCACUUGUGAAUUUUCUCACAUAUUUGGCAUGGAUUGGCAUGGAUGGGCCUGGACCUCACAAGUUGGCAACUGACAUGAUUCACCGCAGUAUGAUCUGUAACACAGAAGUGCAUCUCACAAACAAGGAAAAGUAUCCUGCUCUCAAGAGGGGAAAAAGUUUUAGGAC